GCCCACUAUCGUAACCCUCCAAGGCGGGGGAUGAUCAGUCUAUAAACUUGCCUACACCCAGCUCUCGAAUCGCUGUCUGUCAAACAAACUUCGAGAAAAUCGAGAUGGAGACUUCUCUCAAGAAGCCCUGGAUCGAAACUCCACUAAUUGAAUCGGCCACCUUCUCCAAGCAAGCAGGAUGUCGUAUAUUCCUCAAACUAGAACUCCUCCAACCCUCCGGAUCCUUUAAAUCCCGGGGAAUCGGCAACCUGAUUCUCUCCGAAAUCAAAACCAAGGCCAACAACACCAAGAAGGUCCACUUCUACAGCUCCUCCGGUGGAAACGCCGGUCUAGCCGCUGUCCACGCAGCCCGUGAUCUAGGCUGCGCCUGCACCGUGAUCGUCCCGUAUAGCACCAAGCCUCUAAUGAUAGCCAAACUACGUGAUGCCGGUGCCACGGAGGUCAUACAGCACGGGGCGAGUUGGUUCGAGGCGGAUACGUUUCUGCGACGGGAGUUUAUUGAGAACCAAGAUCCGGGCGAAGGGGAUAAUGUGAGUGUGAAUGUUUAUGUACCGCCAUUUGAUCAUCCGCUGGUUUGGGAGGGUGCUGGGAGUAUGGUUGGUGAGAUUGCGAGGCAAUUGCCGGCCAGAGAGGAUGAUGGGUUUCCGGCGGAUGUGAUUGUGUGCAGUGUUGGUGGCGGCGGAUUGUUUAAUGGGGUUGUUGAUGGAUUGGAGAAAUAUCUGAAGGUUUCGUCGUCGUCUUCAGCAAAGAACGUACGCGUUCUCGCAGUGGAAACGCGUGGCGCAGACUCGUUGGCGCAUUCGCUUCGACAGGGAAAACUUUCUUCUCUGUCUGCCAUUGAGUCGCAAGCUACCUCGCUAGGUGCAUUAUGUGUUGCCGAAAAGACUCUUUCGAAUGCCGUGUCCCCGCCCAAGGGCAUUCAUGUCACCAGCGUUGUGGGCUCGGAUGCAGACGCUGCGAGGGGUGUGCUACGGCUAGCAGAUGAGACUCGGUUACAGGUGGAGUUGGCGUGUGGAAUUAGCUUGGAGGCUGCGGUUGGAGAGAAGCUGAAGGUAUUGAUUCCGGAUUUGAAACCGGAGACGAGGGUUGUGGUUAUUGUUUGUGGGGGCAGUAAUAUCACGGCUGAGAUGAUGGCCGAGUAUAGAGCGAAGCUGCAGGCUGGAUGGGUUUGAUAACUUGGAUGAAGAGGGGGGGCAGUGUGAUAAGAAUAGACUUGUAGAGACUGAAUAUGAUUCUCAUAUCUCGGUCGUAAAUCCUAC